UGUGCCUGUCGCUCUGAGCGGGUGUGUGAUUUCAAGCCCAUUCUGCUCACUUGUUUGCGCCGUGUGGGUCUCCUGAAGCGCGACGACAUCACAGAGCUAGGUGGAAUCGGUCGGAACCACUGCGUGUUGAAGACAAAACUGUAUUAACUUAGCCUUAUGGAGAUGGUGUUCAGUAAGCAUAAUUGGUUUUCGUAACGUUAGAAGUAUACGGGGCAACGAGAAAGAUGGACUUAGCCUUCAAGAGUCACACUCCACGGAGUUCUCCGCUCACCAGUAGUUUGACCUCACCGUAGUUGCAGUGGGCGAGAUCCUGGUGGUGGGGUCGUUUCUGGCUGAACAAGUGGCAAUCGGAUGGAUAAACGACUCUACACUUCUCGGGAGAGGAACAAAACAAUGAUCAUGUCGGUUUUACCCUUGAAGAAAUUGAGACGCAACGGCAGAUAUCUUUUUGGAGUGAUCCUGGUCUUGGGGUUUGUCGCAGUCUUCCACGAGUUCGUCGCUGCAAAUACAUGGAGCAACAACCACCCCAAUGCUGCAACAGGAGAACUUAUUGGAGGGAGAGUACCAGAUGGGGGGGUGGCGGCGGGCUGCCCAAAGGGUUCGGAGCAGGAUUUGACCGCACUGCGUUCCCGCUUUACAGCGCAGGCUUGGAAGGCUGAGUACAAAGGACGGGCCAACCUGCACGUCUUUGAGGACUGGUGUGGGAGCUCCAUAGACCAGCUCCGGAAGAACCUGCACUACCCUCUGUACCCUCAUACCAGAACCACGGUCCUGAAGCUGGCUGCCUCGCCCCAGUGGACCAACUAUGGCCUCAGGAUCUUUGGCUACCUGCAUCCUUAUGCUGACGGGGAGUUUGUUUUUGCCGUGAGCUCUCAAGCCAAUUCUGAAUUCUGGCUCAGCGCGAAUGAGUCUCCCCUCGACUGCCGUCUACAAGCAUGGGUGGGCAAGACGGGCUCAGAGUGGACAGCACCCGGGGAGUACAACAAAUUUGCAAGUCAGACAUCAAGACCAGUUUGGCUGUCAGCACAGAGGAAGUACUUCUUUGAACUAAUCCAUAAGCAGGGGGACAGGGCUACGGACCAUGUGGCGCUAGCGUGGAAAAUCAACCAGGAAGGUCUGAGGUUCACGGUGGUCGGCUCCCAACACAUCUCCCUCUACACGAGCGAGUCGUCGCUGUUCAUGAGCGAAGUGGAUCACAUCCCGCAGACGGCCGGCAGCCACGCGAGAACGCCGCUCGACCAGCCUGGCAACAAGCCCGGUUACCAGGCCGACGGCCAGCCCUGCCACCCGCCCGGUCCGGACAUGCUCAGGGAAGACCCUAGAGACACCUUCUACCGGCGGCAGAUGAUCCCCGCCCGGACCCUUCGCAGCGUGCUGCCCGACUGCUCCUACAGUCCCAGCUACAUCAUCAAAGGCUACGAGCUCCUUCGCUACCAGGGCCUGCAGUUUGUGCACAUGACCUACAUCCACCCCAAUGACUACACGCGCCUCACACACAUGGAGACGGAGAACAGCUGCUUCUACCACGAGAGUGCCGAGUCUCUGAAGUACUUUGGACUGCCGCGGUACAUGAGUCUGGACCGGCCCGGGGGGCGCGGGGACCCGUUCCGUCAGAGAGACUCGCCUCUCCAGCAGAGUGACGAAGACCCGGAGGAAGAGGAUUACCGUGCUCCGGCGGGGGGCUGGGGGGGCGCCGACGACGGCCUCCACGUGGCGUACGACGAAGACGAAGACGACGAGACCGACGCUCAACGGCCCCGCCGCAACCUCUUGUCCCGGGGCGAGGCGGGGGAACCCCGAGGCAGGGUCCGGAACGCUUCGGACGCAGAGCCCCGCGCCCCGGCCCGGCGGCGGGACGCAGCGCGUCCGCGCGCCCAGCCGGGAGCGGCGGGACGCGGCGUCCACCAACCCGACGUAGCGCCUCAACCGAGGACCGACAGACCGCCGGCGCGGCAGGAGGUGAGGCCGCGGGACGCCGACAGACGCCCGGAGGUGAACGCAGACCAGGCGCGCGAUCGGGGGGACGCGUUCCGGAGGGCGAAGGCCCGGCCUGCGGUAACCCAGCAGCCCCCCCCGGCAGACCCGGUAGUCCGUAAGAGGAAGAGGAAGAGACGACCGGUGAAGGGGGGCGGAGGUGGAAAGCUGCGGGUGCCGACGGGGGUACCGGCGAAGGGCAGCCAGGACGGCUCUGUCCCUCAGCCGGCCGUCGCUGUGACGCCCCGCCCGGACCUCUCUGCCUCCCGUUCCAAAGGCCCCCACCUCCCCGCCCCGCAUAUCAAGCCCUACAGAGACCCCCACCCAGACCUCCCCGCCCCGCAUAUCAAGCCCUACAGAGACCCCCACCGAGACCUCCCCGCCCCGCAAAUCAAGCCCUCCAGAGACCCCCACCGAGACCUCCCCGCCCCCAGUACCAAGCCCUACAGAGACCCCCACCGAGACCUCCCCGCCCCCAGUACCAAGCCCUACAGAGACCCCCACCGAGACCUCCCCGCCCCCAGUACCAAGCCCUACAGAGACCCCGACGCGAUCAUCUCCGACCCUGCAAUAAAAAACCUCACCAAGAGGGCGGGGACCAACCACACCGACACGUCCACCGUCGUCAGGAGUGCGGAAGCGUUUUGGGACGAGGGGGGCGCCCGGGUGGCCCGAGGCGGGUCGAGGCGAUCCGGGUGGGACCAGGGGGGCGUCGAGGGGGACACCAGCUACGAGGAGGCGGCGCCGACGCCGCUGGUGUUCGACCCCGAGGUGGUGUGGAGCCAGACCUUCCAGGCGGACCAGCUGGACCUGCAGCUGCUGCGCUCCGAUUGGAUCGACCUGAACUGCAACGUGUCGGGCAACUUGCUGCUGCAGCCCGCCGACGCGCAGGCCGUCGUCCGGACCUACGUGGACAAGCUGAACCUCAAGCAUCAGGGGCGUUACACUCUGGUUCGAGUUGUGAACGUGGAGAAGCGCGUGGACCGCGCCCAAGGCAGCCGGUACCUCCUGGAGCUGGAGCUGAAGGACCCCAGUGGCGAGCUGCGCCGCCUGUCACACUACGUCUACAGUCUGAUUCGUUGGAAAAAGCCUCGAUCCAGGAGGUUACCGCCCCUUCGAUCCGUCCCGGAGGUCAUUCUGUGUAACCCGUUUGGUUUUCAGUGGAACCCCACUGCCACUGUCCACUUCAUUGUACCAGUGAAGAACCAGGCCCGCUGGGUCAUCCAGCUCAUCUCGGACAUGGAGGCGUUGUACCGCGUCACCAGAGACCGUGACUUCAGCCUCAUCAUCGUCGACUACGACAGCACAGACAUGGAUGUGAAGAAGGCCCUGGAUGCGGCCUCUCUUCCUCAGUAUGAAUACCUAAAGCUGAGUGGGAACUUCCAGCGUGCAGCUGGGCUUCAGGCUGGAGUUGACCUCAUCACUGACGACCACAGCAUCGUGUUCCUGUGUGACCUUCACAUCUCCUUCCCCAUGGCGAUCCUGGACAGCAUCAGGAAGCACUGCGUAGAAGGCUACAUGGCCUUCGCGCCCAUCCUCAUGAGACUCGACUGUGGAGCCACGCCCCAGGAACCCAGAGGCUACUGGGAGGUGAAUGGCUUUGGGCUGCUGAGUGUUUACAAGUCAGACCUGUUGGCCGCUGGGGGGAUGAACACCAGGGAGUUCACCGACCGCUGGGGAGGAGAGGACUGGGAGCUCCUCGACAGGAUACUGCAGUCAGGUCUGGAGGUGGAGAGGAUCCACCUCAGGAACUUCUUCCACUACUACCACUCCAAGAGGGGCAUGUGGAACCGCCGCACCAUGUCCAACUCCAGGGCCCCGCUGCGCUAGUGGCAACCCCAAUACCUUAACGCCUAACACGACGCACCCUGAGGACGGACCGGGCUCCCCGGGUGCUUUGAUGGUAAGGGCGCUGGCUCGGACGACCCUCUUUGCUCUCAGGGUUGAGCUCUGUACCACCAGUGCCCCCGCUGGAUGGAGGAGCACAUUGCACAGGAGAUACUACUGAUUGGGGAGUGCACAACCUUUACACUCCCAGAACAUUACGCUCCCGGAUCAAAUCCAUCACCAAAUCUGCCUUCUUUCACCUCAAAAACAUUUCCCUACUCCGCCCGACACCGUCCAACUCUGUGGCUGACACCGUCAUCACCUCCCGAAUGGCACCAUCGCAUUGGAGUCCUGUCCAGAGCUCCAAGCAAACCCCUGGAACCCUGAAACACUGGCUCCCCAUCAAAUCCGUUGGUUUGAAAGGCGCAAUAUAAAUUAAAUGUAUUAUUAUUCUUAUUAUAGCUCAGGCCCUACAUGAUGAUGCAACAAUCUGCUUCUGGGUGACUUGAACCGGAUGCUGCACAACUCGUCUGCUAGUUUGUAUUUAUUAUACCGAUCCUACUGAGAUUUUAUUUUUGUGUUUUGUGUUUUAUCUUCGAGAUAUAAGGGAGAUAUUUGUAAUGUAUAUAAGGAAUUAUUUUACUAUCCAGAGUUUUUAUAUUUCACAAGUAAUGUACUUUCAGAGGAUUGAAUGGGUUUUCAGAAGAUGCCUUUGCAUCAGCACACCAACGGAAACACGAAUCGAUGAUCGAUUGAUCUUGGUCUUACUAACUCAAAUAUGUUCACAUCAGUCACGCCUUCCCCACUAAUGUGAAUGCCAUAUAUGUGCCUUCUUUCCUCCUUCAUAUUUGAGGAACACGGUUGUUUAAAAAUACAUUUCUGUAAAUGACAUCGCACAACCUAGAACUAGGGUAACUAUUUUAAACCAUAGCCCAAAGUAAAUUUUCCCCAAAAACAGCUGUUGUUUCUCCGCUCAGACACAGAUAAUGGCAUUAAGUGAACUGUUCAAACUUUAAAUUUCCUCUUAUCAAUUCUUAUUUGAAGACAGGAAUAUUGGCAGCUAACGAAAUAUGCUACAUUCCAGUACAGAACUCUUAUUCUGUAAUGAACCCUCAACGCCAGCCAGAAUGUAUUUUUCAGCACAAUGGCAGUUUGUUAAUUCAUGUAUUUUCACUAUUCUCCACUUUUCAAAAUGUUAUUAGUUAGUAAUAAUUUAUGAUUCUUUUACCCACAAUUUUUGGGCUUCUCCAAUCUGAUACAAAUGUUCUAAGUUGAUUUUGUUGUGUUUUAUUUUUUGUUUUGUUGUUAAAUUAAAGUUAUGCCUUUUUAGAAUAUAAAAGAGGAUGCUAUUGUAUAUAUAUAUAUAUAUGUUUGGUUUAAGCAAAGGGUUUUUACAGUUAAAUUACACUCCAGGCUUUAGACAUAAUACCUCAUUUUCCCUCAGUACAGUGGGUCAUUUAAUGUCUGUCUUGUAUGUUCUGAUGUCUCUCAGGUGAAGAUUUCCCAAUACACUGUCUUGACAAAUUGGUUAUAAAUUAUUUUCUAAAA